GGGGCGGGGCGGUGCAACUGGCGCCCGGGUAGGUAAGCCCGGCGCCUGGCGGCUGCGCUCACUUAAGACGGCUAGCCGCACGAAGUAGCUUCUAGGUCAUCUGUGUCCCGCGCUGCCGGUCAUGUCCCUGAGAAGCAGCCUCUCGCGUCUCCUCCGGACGCGAGUGCAUUCCGUCCUGAAGAAGUCGGUUCACUCGGUGGCUGUGAUCGGAGCCCCGUUCUCACAGGGACAGAAAAGAAAAGGAGUGGAACGUGGUCCUGCUGCCAUCCGAGAAGCUGGCUUGAUGAAAAGACUCUCCAGUUUAGGCUGCCGCCUGAAAGAUUUUGGAGAUUUGAGUUUUACUCCAGUCCCUAAAGAUGAUCUCUACAACAACCUGAUUGUGAAUCCUCGCUCAGUGGGCCUUGCCAACCAGGAAUUGGCUGAGGUGGUUAGUAGAGCUGUGUCAGGUGGCUACAGCUGUGUCACAGUGGGAGGAGACCACAGCCUGGCAAUUGGUACCAUUAGUGGCCACGCCCGACAUUGCCCAGACCUUUGUGUGAUCUGGGUUGAUGCCCAUGCUGACAUCAAUACACCCCUCACCACUUCAUCUGGAAAUCUCCAUGGACAGCCAGUUUCAUUUCUCCUCAGAGAACUACAGGACAAGGUACCACAACUCCCAGGAUUUUCUUGGAUCAAACCUUGUAUCUCUUCCCCAAGUAUCGUGUAUAUUGGUCUGAGAGAUGUGGACCCUCCUGAACAUUUUAUUUUAAAGAAUUAUGAUAUCCAGUAUUUUUCCAUGAGAGACAUAGAUCGACUUGGUAUCCAGAAGGUUAUGGAACAGACAUUUGAUCUGCUAAUUGGCAAAAGACAAAGGCCAAUCCAUCUGAGUUUUGAUAUUGAUGCAUUUGACCCUACACUGGCUCCAGCCACAGGAACCCCUGUUGUAGGAGGACUGACCUAUCGAGAAGGCAUGUAUAUUACUGAAGAAAUACACAAUACAGGAUUGCUGUCAGCACUGGAUCUUGUUGAAGUCAAUCCUCAGCUGGCUGCUUCAGAGGAAGAGGCCAAGGCUACUGCAGGCCUGGCAGUGGAUGUGAUUGCUUCCAGUUUUGGUCAGACAAGGGAGGGAGGGCACAUUGUCUAUGACCAACUUCCUACUCCCAGUUCACCAGAUGAAUCAGAAAGUGAAGAACGUGUGAGAAUUUAGGAACUUUGUGUGCUGACACGUUUGUCAUGAUGGGCAUUCCAGAAUUAUGAGGCAUUUGAGGGCACAUAUACUAAAUGGUUGUCUGGGUCAAUAUUGCCUUAAUGAGAACAUUUGCGCAUUCUCACAAUUGUAAAGUUUCCUUUCCCUCUCCAUUUUGGUGACCAAUACUACUGUAAAUUUGUGGGGGUUUUUUUUGUUUGUUUUUGCAGUUCACAGGCUAUUAAUAUGUUGGAGUACUAUGUAAAUUUAAAGGAGUCAUAAACAGCAUUUAUUACCUUGGUA